GUAGAAUCUGUCGACUUCCGCUAGUUUCAUUCAAGAUUCCCCGGAAGGGCCCUGAUAGUGGCCAGAGCCUGCCCUCUCGCUUGAUGACCACUCAGCGACCCCAGUUCUGAGUUUAGCAAACCCAAGGAAGGGACACUCCCGCCGAGGCAGCAAGCAAAUCAUCCGGGUUUCACGGGCUGCGAGGCUUCGAUUUCACAACACUCGUAUCAAUAUUAGCAGUCACUGCGCAGGGAUUGAUUUUCCAAGCCGUGACAGCCCUCCUCCUCACGCCCCCGCCGUGGAGUUGCUCAUCUGGCUCGUCCGACCCGUCAAGUCCGGAAACUGUGAGCGCACUAAAGAAAAAAAAGAAAAGAAAAAAAGAAAAGGACGAAAAGGUGCUCGAAACAUUUGUGCCCAGCUUGCCUCGCCGGUCUUGACUCCGGAGAUUAGGCUGCCCGGUCGGGGACAUUCGAGGUUUGGUCAUGGCCAGUGCAGAAAGUCACGAAGCUCAAAUCGAGAAGACUACGGCAAUCGACCUGCCGCUGCGCUCGCGCCCGGUCGACGGGGACGCAAUGGCUCCGGCCGUCCAACCGCCGGCGACUCCGGCCUUGGUCUCUCCGGGAAUCCGGGUCGAGCUGUACGGCGAUGCUCAGGCGAAGUCAAAGCCCGCGCCGAUACAGCCUCAAUCCGCACCUCCGGAUGUCCAGAGUUUCCCGAGCCCCAUGAGGCAUCAUCGGAGGACCCCUUCGGCCCAUCGCGAGAUCAAGGAAACGCUCAAUGCACGAUCCGAGUAUUACAACGAGGACUCGGAGGGCCGCUCACACCACCAAAUCAAUCAGUACAUCAUCAAGGAUGAGAUAGGCCGUGGCUCAUACGGCUCCGUUCACUCGGCCGUCGACCAGUUUGGGAACGAAUAUGCCAUCAAGGCGUUCUCCAAGGCACGACUCAGGAAACGGGCCCAGUCAAACAUCCUCCGCCAGGGCCCGCGGCAGCCUGGCCGCUUCCACCGAGCCGGAUUCGGCGCUCCUGAUGACCCCAUCAUGGGCUACAAGGCCCAGCGAGCCAAGGAGGCCAAGGAUGCCCUCUACCUGAUUCGCGAAGAGAUUGCCAUCAUGAAGAAGCUGAAUCAUCCCAACCUUGUUCAGCUGAUUGAGGUCCUGGAUGAUCCCGAGGAUGAUAGCCUCUACAUGGUAUUGGAAAUGUGCAAAAAGGGCGUCGUCAUGCACGUCGGCCUCGGCGAAUCUGCGACGCCCUACGACGAAGAGCAAUGCCGGUACUGGUUCCGCGACCUGAUCCUCGGUAUCGAGUACCUGCACUCUCAGGGAGUCGUCCACCGUGACAUCAAGCCUGAUAACCUAUUGCUCACCGAAGAUGACGUCCUGAAGAUUGUCGAUUUCGGUGUGUCCGAGAUGUUCGAGAAACCCGACAACAUGAGGACGGCCAAGUCCGCUGGCUCGCCCGCCUUUCUCCCUCCGGAGCUGUGUGUGGCGAAGCAUGGCGACGUCUCGGGCAAAGCUGCCGACAUCUGGUCCAUGGGCGUCUCCUUGUAUUGUCUCCGCUACGGAAGGAUACCCUUCGAACGUGAAGGCGUGCUGGAUAUCUACGAGGCAAUCAGGACCGAGACUCCGAAAUUGCCCCCUGACGAGAAUCCGGAUUUUGUUGACUUGAUGGGGCGUGUGCUAGAAAAGGACCCGGAGAAGAGGAUAACGAUGGCUGAGCUCAGGGAACACCCGUGGGUAACGAAAGGGGGUACAGAUCCGCUACUGAGCGCCGAAGAAAACUGCUCCGAACCGGUUGAUCCGCCCAACCUUCUCGAAGUGAACCACGCCUUCACCCGACGGAUGAGCCACCUGAUCUGUGUUAUGAAAGCAAUCCGCAAGUUCAAGAGCCUCCUGUCCCGCCGUCGAGCUGCCCGCCAACAGGACGCCCACCAGGACCUCGGCAGCAACGCAGGCUCUUCCUCACCUCGGCCGGACGAGAAAGCCCACGAUCGACAAUCCACGGCCGAGUUUGCCGCCCGCGUCCUGCGAGAGCGCCAGGAAUUCCUCGCAAAAGGCGGCAGAGCCAGCCUUGACCAACUCCUCCGCCAGUCCUCCUCCUCCUCCUCGACCCUUAUCGCCACCCGCACCAGCGAGUCCGAGACCCAAGACUCGCAAGGGCAACCCCCGUCACCGCCGCCCUUUCUAGGGAUUGGCACAGGCGGCAUUGACGCCUUCCCCAACGCAAUCGACGACCCGCGGCAUCCCUUGGCUGUCGGGAAUGGUGAAGGCGCGCCAGUUGAGGCGGUCGUCUCGGAUUCGCCGACGGUCGUGGACUUCAACGUGUACGACCGGGCGUUUGAGGCCGAGGUGGAGCGGAUCAAGAGAUCGGGCAGCAGACGCGCCGGUGCCGGCGCUCGCGGGUCGAGGGGACAGGGGAGGCCGACGGGCGGUGCUGGUGCAGCAGGGCAACCGGCCGUGAUAUAUCAGACGAGGCUGAGCGAGCGCCGCGGCGGUGGAGAUGCGGGUCUUGAGGGUGGGCAGGAGCGGCUGCUGCAGCAGCUCACCGGGGGGGGUUCGAGGUUCGCGGAUGUGGUGGCGAGGGCUAUGGCCGCGGAGGUGGCGAAGGAGAGGUCGGAGAAGAGCGAGGGUUCUGCGGAGGGCCAGCCUCAUGCGGGAGGUGAAGUGAAUCCCCAAGGCCUAGAGCGCCAGUGAGGGUCAGUUGCUCGUGAACAGGAUCCCCAAGGUAGACCGGCACGCUGCGGCAGUCUCGGGUUUGACCCUCCGGUUUCCGUCAACCGUUCCAUCUACCACCGUGGCGUUUGGAGGAUUGAAGUGAAAAGGGAUGUUUCGUCGUCUCGAUGGAUGUUGUUUUUUUUAUCAUUGUGUCGAGCCGAAAAACGAAACGUCUACUUUUUCAAAAAGUGUCUUGAGUUAAGUUUGAAGGUACGAGAGCAGGUUGAGCCCAGCCUCGCUUGCUGCGAAGCGUCAACUCAAAGUUGAAUGAUGAAAAAAACAUUUCCUCAUCGCCCUCUGGACCGUCGUCCCUUUCUCGACUUUUAUCUUUCCGGUAAAGAU